GGACCCACAGAUCAGACUGUGGAAAUCUCCCGCUCGACGAGGCAACAGUUUCAGUUUCACAACUUGCCCAUCCAGGCGUACAAGGUCCUGUUUGGAGCAAUAACAGCCGAGGAGUUGAAUACCACGGCGCAGGCCUUCCGUUCACUUCACCGGGAGCUGAUUAUGGGAGCUCCAGCGACAGAUGAACGAAUGGCCUUGCAGAGUAUCACAGAUCUGUGCAUCGUCCGUGGUUUGGCAGAAGUGAUGAACAAGUACUACCAGUUGGAGCGAGCGUGUUUCCAGAUCAUGAGAAACCAAUCAGAUGCCGUUAGCACCGUGAAUCAAGUCAGUCCUGCAGGCAUUGCUGCAAUGGCAUCAUCUUCUAAUGACAUCUACCAUUUCUAUCAAGGACAGACAGCCAGUUGCGAGAACAUCAGCUUGGCCAAAGGCGAUUGGGAGCUGCUGAUGUUGGAGGUCACCAUGCUGGCAGGUCUGGCUGAGGAUGCCCUGACCGCGUUGAUCUCGCAGACCGUCACUGGUGAAAUGACUGCCUUGAGAGAUUCCAUGGACCGCCUCGUCAUGGGUUCACCACAUCCUUUCGUGCCAGUCCAGCCUACGCAGGCACUCUUCAACCGAAUCAUCAACCAGUUGCAACCCCUGGUGGAAACCUUCCUGGAAGCGGACUCGACUUAUCAAAUGGUGGAGGAUCAGGGAACUUCGAUAGUAGCUCAGGCCAAAGGUCUCUUGCGAUCGUACUCUGAGAAGGCACUUGAGCUUGAACCAGAAUGGCCUGGCCAACGACUUCGAGUUGCGAUGUGGCAAGUGGUUCUGGCCAAGAAAGUCUACAAGGAGGCUAUGGCAGAACGCUUUGAUGUUGGAAGACAGCUCUCACUAGCUGAACAGGAAUUCGAGACGGCGCACCAGCAACUGAAAGAUGGUGGUACUGGUUUUGCAGCUAUCAUCGGUGAGCGAGAGGACUUGCUUGGUCAGUGGAACCGCAUUGGGGCUGCAUGGGCAACCUUCAAAAGCAACCAUGACGAGACCAACUUGGCCGCUCUGUUGACCGAGCUUGAGGCAUCCUUGCCGCUUUUUGCGAUCCAAGAUGUCGAGUCUGUACCUUCAGUACCCUAUGGAUUCUACGUUGCCUACGGAGUGCUUGGAACACUUCUUCUGAUUUGCAUUUGUAUUUGGUUCGACCAAACCUUGGCAGAACCUCAGAACAUCUCGGAACGAAAGAAAGGCUAUGAGAUUAGCCAUGUGGGAGGAGAGGGCGACCGGCAAUGUGGCCCACAACCCAUAGAGGUCAGGAUGCCUCGAUUUUUAGAGGCGAUCGCCGACAGUGACAAAGGUCCUGAGAGCACGUCGAUCAUCAUGGUGGACAACAGGCACGACGAGCGCAUGGUCUCGCCUUUUCAGGCCUGGCUGGUGAGCGAGAUCAUGGCCAACUCAGCGAGCUCAAUCAAUGUGCUCACAGAGCGGGACCAGGUCAUGCCGCCCAGCUCAGGCUUCCACCUGGCUUUGUUCGCCAAUUACACCUUGGACGGCAUCAAGGCGGUCAUGGCCAUCUCGAUCGAGAGCGAGACUGGAUCUGACUGUGCAGGCUGGGAUGGUGAGACAGCAAGUGCGCUCGCACACCCAGCCUUUCAGCCGUUCACCUGGCCGAUGAUCCGUGACACCUCUGCCAGUUACGCCGAUGUCAAGGUGUACAAUGGCAAUGAGAUCCUUUUUCACUGGAUUUUGAGGGGUUUCCGAUCGGACACAGAUUUGACAGUUCAGCAGCAGUUUGUGGACGAAUAUCUGGUCCGUGAGGUCAACAAGGGGAAGCCAAGGCUCUCAGUAGUCGUCGCCGUGUUCAUGGGCUGGAGGGUCUCAGUGCUCAGCUAUGAAUGUGGAGGUCAGACAUAUUCUGUCGGACCGAAAGGAUCGGUGGUCGCAGGUGACUCAGCCCGAUCGAGGUUCAGAGAUGCAAACAAUAGGAUUGACCUCAAGUGCUCUCGCACUUCAGUGCCAGGCACGUGGCUCACCGUGUCGCACAUCUCAGGACCCACCCUGAUCAGGACUAUCCAGUCAGUCCGCGAGAAUCGGGCGAGGGUCGAAGGUCCUGAACAGACGGAGCAGUUCGCACAGCUCGCAGCCAUCCAUGAGAACUGGUGGAGGAGCUCAGUGGCACAGGAUGAGAACGAGGUGGGCUGCUUCGUCGAGUUCGUGGAGGGCCUUGAUCAUGGCAAUUUCCAUGUGCAGACACGUUCAAAGCUCAUGGUCAGGGAGUUGCAGAUCGUUGCCAAGAAGGCGCUCGCCGAGAUGCAGCAUUCAGGAGGGGUGACUGCUCCCUUGGGGCCGCCAGCGCUCACAGGUGAUGCGUGGUUGCGAUCGGCAGCUCAGGCGAGAGAGGAUGGCGAUGACCAGACUGGGAUGGCAUUGAUCAGUGUGCAGCAGAGGGCUGGUCGUGAGCUCAACCAGCGGUCUUUCGACACACAGCAUGAUCGUGAAGGUCGAGGUGGUCAUGUGGUUGACGAGGAGCGUGAUCGUGCUCGACGCGACAGGCGUUUUGCGCGAUCGACUGCACAGUUGACACCAGCUCUGUUUGCAGAAGAGUUCCAUCGGCGAUCAUACAACGAGACCACAGCCACGAUCGAAGAGCUGGAACCGAGCAUGGUGCAGCCCAGCUCAGAGACCAAGAAGCCGGAGAAGGUCCCGCAGAGCACCCCGGCGGAAGCCCCUGGUGAUCACCAGCAGCCGUCGACGUCGGCGCCAGUGUCGUUUUCACCGCUGGGAUCCCAGAAGGCUGCAGGAGAUCAGAGUGUUUAUGAGGCAUAG